AGCCAUUUUGGCUCAAGCCAUUUUGGCUCAUGCCUGCCUCGGGCGCGCGCGCGCGGGCGUCUGGGCAUGAUGGCGCGGGAUGUCGCCCCGUGUGGCGACAGUCGGCCUGAUGCGAGCGGCGGCCCUGGCUGGCCAUCCAGCGGCUGCGGCGGCUGAGGCAGCCGUGCACCGCUUGUCGCUCGAGGCGCGGGCCUGGCGCAGGCUCUACGAGGACCUGGCGGCGGCCCUCGGGGCUACGGGCGCGGACGGCGAGCUGAGCAGGCGCUUGGCAGCGGCCGCCCCUGCCUUGGCUGCCCUCAUCCGUGGGGAGGUGCCGAGUGCGGUCGAGCGCCUGAGACGGAACGUGGCCCUCCAUGCGGAAGCUGAGGGCAUCAACCUGCUGGACGCUGGGGCUGCGCAGCUCCGCGUGGCGCAGCACGGCCCGAGGCUCGGCGCAAGGCCCGCGGCUCCCGAGGCGGGCGCCUUCGGUGGUGCCUUAGGGGAGCGGCUGGACGAUGAGCCUGACGAGGAUGUGUGCGCACUGCUGGCAGGCGCGGGGGCGGCGGGCCCGUUUCCUGAACUGCCCGCAGGUGCGCUGUAUGCUGUGGACCUGGAGAAGGCCCUCUCGGAACCGCGGCUGGCGCCAGGCAAGUGGGCCAAGGCGCAUGCCGAGACGGUGUCCUUUGUUUCGGGCCUGGCGGCGGGGUGGCACCUGGCUGAGCGCGAGCCUCUGCUGCCACCGGGGAUGCGGUGCACGUGUGGUGCCGUUGUCUUCUCGGCCCCGCCGGUGGCCUCCGAGGCGCCCCUGGCGGCUUGGCUGACGGAGUGCGCCCUGGCGCCGCCGCCGCGCCCAGCGCUCCUGGAGUGCAGGUCAGGAUCACAAGUGGGAAGUGUGGCAGCCGCCGCGGCCGCGUCCGACGACCUGUCGCUGGGCGCGCUGGGCAUCGUGGGCUACGACGGCGGGAGAGAGUGCGGCGGCGACGUGGACGACUGCGGCGCCUUCGUGGACCAUGCCGUGCCUGCGGCUGGCGGGUCCUCGCCGCUGCUUUUGUCCGUCGGUGGCCGCCUGGGCGAGGCCGUCAGCCACAACGACAGCGACGACGACAGCGUAGGCGGCCAGGGACAAGAGCAUGCCGACUGCGAUGCUGCUACUGCCUGCUCCGCCACCGCUGAGUUGGCGCUCAGUGGAGUGAUCGCGGACUACCUCGGCGAGAACGAAGCCGCACUCCUCCGUGGAGACGGAGACGGCGGUCGAGCUGCCGCGAGGCUCGCUGAGCUGGCCCUCCCGACCGAGGACGCCGAGGGCGAAGUGCGGCGAGAUUGGGGUCGUGUACGAAUGUUAUGUGAGUUUCGCCUCCUGCAUUUGAAUGUACAAGUGGUGUAUUUGCAAUGCAGUCGAGCUGGUUGUUUAGUGAGUUAUGCCUCCUGCAUUUGAAUGUGCACGUUGUGCAUUUGCAUUGCAGUCGAGUUUGGAAGUGCGGCGAGAUUGGGGGUCGUGUAUGAAUGUUAUGUGAGUCUUGCCUCCUGCACUUGAAUGUACACGCGGUGCAUUUCCAAUGCAGUCGAGCUGGUUGUUCAGUGAGUUAUGCCUCGUGCAUUUGAAUGUGCACGUUGUGUAUUUGCAAUGCAGUCGAGUUUGGAAGUGCGGCGAGAUUGGGGUCGUGUAUGAAUGUUCUGUGAGUCUUGCCUCCUGCAUUUGAAUGUACACGUGGUGCAUUUGCAAUGCAGUCGAGCUGGUUGUUCGGUGUGUUUUGCUUCCUGUAUUUGAAUGUGCACGUUGUGUAUUUACAAUGCAGUCGAGUUUGGGUAGUGAUCAUGUGUAGCUUCUGUUCUCGCAGUGCUUGCAUGAUUGGCUCGGGCGGGAGUUGGCCUGGCAAGAGCGGUGGAUCUCGAGGUGCACUUGCAAGCUCUCGUGGCAGAGGGCAUUCGCCCACGACGAGGGGCGUCCUGUGGAGGCGAGCCCCCCUCCUGCUGGCGCAGGAGGCGUGGCACUUGAUCGCCUGAGCAGCAUGCGCGCCGCGCCUCUGCCCACACUGCGGCGUUGGGCAUGCAAUCACCGCGAGGAGGAGGAGGAG